CGAGCAUUCCAACCCUUCUCCUCUCCGUCGCCGCAGAUCCACCGCCGCCCGACGCCGAUGGGCUGCCUGCUGGCGCUCACCGACGACCUCCUCGCGGACAUCCUCGUCCGCUUGCCCACCCCGGCGGACCUCGCGCGCGCCUCCGCCUCCUCCGCCUCGCUCCGUCGCGUCGUCUCCUCCCCGCGGUUCCUCCGCCGCGUCCGCUCCCUCCACGCCCCGCCCCCGCUCGGCGUCUUCGUCCCCGACGACGCCGCCGGAUUCUACCCCGCCCUCCCUCCCAAUCCCACGGCCCGCCCCGCCCGCGCGCUCGCCCUCGCCGCCGACUUCUCCUUCGCCUUCCUCCCGCCCCCCGCGGGCGCCUGGCUCGUCCGCGACCACCGCGACGGCCGCUUCCUCCUCGACCGCGCCGCGCCCGCCGGCUCCACGGCCUUCACCGAGGUCGCCGUCUGCGACCCGCUCUUCCGGCGCUGCCUCCUGCUCCCGCCCAUCCCCGACGCCCUCGCCGCCUCCGUCGAGAACCCCUACCUCCAGCGCGGCGGCGACGACGGAGGGCUCCAGUCGCGCAGCAACGAGAUCUUCCUGGCUUCUCGCGGCAGCGACGACCGCGGCGAGGAGCUGCCGUUCGCCGUCAUCUGGAUGGCCUGCUGCCGCGGCAAGCUGGUCGCCUUCUCCUUCUGCUCUGGAUCUCGGGAAUGGAGCGCGCUUUCGCCGCCGGUGCACCACGCGCUGAGCAUGCGCAGGGUCAUGGGUGUCCGACUGGGGCAACGCAACCAUGCCCAUGGGUGCUUCUACUGGAUGAUAACUCUCACCAGGAGGUGGCUCGUGCUGGACGCCCGCAAAAUGGAGUUCUCCAUCCUCGACAUUUCGCCUGUCCUGGCAGGCCGCUCGAUGAUGUUCAGCAAUCAGAUCACCACUCUGGAGUCAGGAGAAGGCAGGACAACCGUCGUGGUCUCGGAUCUUUUCCGGGCCGAUAAAAGAUGUGUCCUCUACUUUUAUUCGUUCAUGCAUUUCAGUGACCGGUGGCAGCUGCAGAACAAAAUCACAUUGCCUGAGGAAUGGGGAGACCGGUUUCGAGGCAUCAUAGGUGCAUUUGAGGGCUGCUUAUAUAUAAAGCUAGAUCAUCCAAAGCAGAACUUGGGAGAUCCUGUUGACCAAAAUGUCACAUACUUUUGGUUCGAUGUCAAGACUAUGCAGGUUGGUAGGUUCACUGAGAUAAGUUCUGCUACUGUGAAUGAAGCCUACCUUUACACAGGGUUUCCCCCAUCAUUGUCACUUCCAAGUGUUUGAUCCGAUGGAUGACUGAUUUCUGGAUUGGCUGGUUUCUUGGAGCAGGAAAAGGGCAAAUGAGGAAUGUGUCACUCUUUACGGCCUCAUUUUCUCAGUUACUAGCAUUCUUGUGUCAGUACAACUGUUAUGAGAAAUUGCUGAAACCUUGGGAGUUGGGAAUAGAAGAGAAUUUGUUUUUGACAAACACCAAUUCAAGAAGAUUUGGAUGGACCAUUUAAUGUUUUAUUGUCCUCAUACAGUCAUAAGCAGUUAUGUGUCACAGAUAGGUUCUGAUUUGAGUCCUUACCGAUGUUGGAUGGACCAUUCUACUUUGCAGGGUGUAGUACUCUAUCUGUAUACAUUUACGCGAAAUGCCAGAGGUACUAGCAGUAUUUAAAAAGGUCAUGAUCUAGGCGAGGAAUGGAUGGAGUCCAUGUUUUGCUAAAAGACAUGGGCUCUUCACUCUGACAAGGAAACCGUGCAGGGUGGUGCUUCUACUAGAUUGUUUCUCAUGUGGAAAUGUGUUGUACCCAUAGAUACUCAAAGAAUGGGGUUCACCAUCUUGAAAAUCUUGUAUACACUGUCAGGCUAUGUAACUGUAUUCGGUAAUCAUAUCAUUUCACAGAAGUCAGGAGAAAGUCCUUA